AUGGACAUGGAUGUAUUUGAAAUUGAGCAGGGGAAAUGCUCUGUAUGUGGUCUUGAGGGAGAUUUGACUGACAUUCAAAACCAUUUUGAAGAACAUAUCAGCAGAGAUUUAACUGGAGAAUUGGAUGAAGAAUAUGAAGAAUCUACUUCAUAUGAAAAUAGUUUAGUUGACGAGCUUGAUAAACAACAAUCAGCUUCUAGUGGUGCAAGAUGGACAGAUAAUAGCAUUAAGCUAUUAUUGUCAUUAUAUUCUGACCAUUUGCGCUACUUUAAAUCGGGCAAAAAAAGCACCAAGACAGUUUGGCAGAUGGUGACAAAAAAAAUUUCUGAAAAGGGAUAUAACUUCACUAGCGACCAGUGCGAUUUAAAGUUUAGGAAUCUUAAAAAAACAUACAAAAGAAUAAAGGACAACAACAACCGAAGUGGAGCAGGGUCAAUUAAUUGGCCAUAUUUUAAUAAAUUUGAAGACAUUUUUGGCAAGGAUGCUGAUGUAAGGCCUCUUUGCCUAGCUAGUAAUGUAAAUGGUGUUGUAAAGCCACAAAGCUCUACUGAAGGUGAAGGCUCAAUGGAUUCCUGUACUACAGAGACUCCAAAAAGUACCCGUAAGCGGGUGUUAAAUGAGCAGGAGCCACAAUGGUUAAAAAAAUAUAGAAUUGAAGCAGCGGAAAGGCACAAAGAAAAAAUUGCAAUAAUCAAACAACUUAUAGAUGUGCUUAAAGAAAAAUAA